AUGCGAGAUUGUCUCUGCCCUGCCCUAAUCUUGUGUCGAGGAAAUGUCAUGCUUGCAAAAUAUGCCCGGGAUGGGUAUUUGGAGUCCUCGUGGAAAGAUUUCAACGCGAUGGGUGAGAGAAGCGUUGCAUCUUGGACAUCGAUUAUCCAGCCACUGGCGGAAUUAGGGAAAGUGGAACUGGCCCAGAAUAUUUAUGAUCGGAUGCCAAUAUGGAAUGUAAUCACGUCGACUUUGAUGAUAGCUGCAUAUGCCCAAAGAGGGCAUUUUGACUUGGCAUUGGGGGCCUUGAUUCGAUGCCGGAGAUCAAUGUGGUUACAUCGAUCCAAUAAGAUGGCUCUUGGGAGCUCGAGCUCCUGUGCUGCGCUCGUGGAGCUCUACACGCUGACUGGUCUCUUAAUGGAAGCGAGGCAGCUCAUUGAAAGAAUGCUCCAAGUUGAUAUCGCAUCGUGGAACAUGUUGCUCGCGGGGUACUACUGCGACGACGCCAAGAGAACUUUCGAUGGUAUCUUCAGCCGGAACGAGCCAUGCAGGACUUGUAGUUCCAGCUGCCACUACUUCAUGUCGAUGCUCUCCGACUACGAGCUAGCACCUGUUGCGGAACACUUUUCCUGCGUGAUCGAUCCUCUGGGACGUGUUGGACUCCGCACAGUUCUCUUCUGCUGGGAGAGGCAGAGGGGCUGGUGGAACCAGCUGCAAACCUGGACAUCAGAUUUGGGCCUAGAUCUGGAGCACAGACCCGUUCCCAGAGGUGGAGCAAUGGAUGCCCACUGCGCUAGAGUUCUGUCAUGCAUCACAACAUGCGGCAACUCCACGGAUUCCAUGGGCCACUACAUUGCUACAGUCCUGGGUUCUUCAAGCAAGUUGAGAAUGGUUGAGGGACAGUUGAGAGGUAGUCUAUAA